AUGCUUUGGAAUCCAUGCAAUGAAAAGCGCGGACGUGCUGAAGGCACAGCCUCCGAUCCCUUCGACCGCUCUGGCAAUGUCGUCACCGCCGCUUACUACCGCCAUUCUGCGGUAUUACCACUCGAGGGGCUAGAGCCAUUGAUCUACGACGCUCUAAAGCAAGUGACACUACAACAUCCGCCGCUGGGACCCAUCGUGAAAAGCAUGAUACAUCUUGUUCAGCUGCAGGAUGGUCGGGACGAAGAGGUGGACGCCCUGGUAGAGGAACAACAGAACAUGGGGUUUCAGCAGACCUAUGAGCAAGGUUUGCGGCUGCUGAUUGCAUACAUACCUAAGCAAAGCACUGUAUCUGACGUGAUUGUUUGUUUCGUGGUGCAUGAGGCUUUUAAAGGUCGGUUCUGUGGAGGGUCGGCUUUCCAUCGAUCGUUCUUGGCUGCAUUGUUGACUGCCAAUGAGGGAAACCCAUCAAGCCAACAAACAAAAGAACACAGUCACUUCACUCCAAUACGAUCUUUGUCUAAGAUGUCUACAUCACGCAGCAGAGGCCUAACUGGCCAAUCUCGGUUCAAAACGAUAACACUUGGAACCAGGGAAACCACCCGUCUUCUAGACAUUUCUUCCUCCAGUAAGACAAAUCUUACUGGAGUCAUCCAAGCGGUUGCCGUGGUAUCAUUGUUUGCCAACUUGCCUUCGGAAAUUACCAUCCUAUAUGCUGAGGGCCGCAUGUCACCCCGAGAAUUCCACUCCCUUGUUGGGACUAUGGCAAACACCAAUACUACGCCAUGUUUUUCAUAUAUCGAAACACAUAAAAGACAGGAGUUGACGACGGCUUCCGUCUGGAACGAGGCUCGGCGUAUACACUCAGCCACGAAGGCGCAGCUGGCUCGAAAGAAAAACGAAGCCCAGAUUGAUUCUUCCCAGUACAUACAAAGCCCCAAGGAAGUUGAUACAAGAGGUACAACGGAAGAGACUAUGGGAGUCAACGUAAUAGUGACGAACAUGGGAACUUUUCGGUAUCACAAGCAAUCCGAUUCCCAACAGCAGCAAGACUGGCAAGCCGGGACCAUUUUCUGUGGAAACGGUGGCACUGAACUUGGUGCUACUCUGUCCAUAACCCUGAUUGUCGGAGAAGACGAAUGUUUGACAGUAGGAUUUUCAUGGUCAGAUAGCAUUAUCGAGGAGGUUUGGCUUGACCAGGUCAUCUUAACCUUGAGGAAGGCAAUCGAGGACCUCCUCUACACUAGUGGUACAACGAAAAGGCCACUAGUCUCAGACGCACUUCCUUGGGGGGCUCAAUGUCACGGCUUGUCUAUCUGGUGA